AUGCCGUCGCUCACGGACUCUCCGUCUCCAGGCAAUGACAACCUGAAGCGAGAAGCCGAGCAGGAACGGGGCCGCCCGCGCAGCGGGUCCUACGACAAAGACGUGGAAGGCCUUGAUUUGGAGGAUGCCGAAGAUGGUGAGGGCGGACACGAUGGAGCACAAUCUUCCAACUCGGAGGGCCCUGCACGCAAGCGUAGGCGCAGCCGCAAGGGCCUAGACAAGAAAUUCGAGUGCCCAGAGAAAAACUGUGGCAAGAGCUAUUCCAGAGCCGAGCAUCUCUACCGCCAUCAGCUGAACCACAACCCCAAGCAGGUGUACAAGUGUGGAAUCGGCGACUGCCAGCGGACUUUUGUUCGGCUGGACUUGUGUAACCGGCACAAGGAUCGCCACACGGCAAAGGGCUCGGCCUUGAACCGCAAAGAUUCCAUGAUGAGCCAGGCAUCACCCAUAACGGACAACAGGCCGCCAUUCCCACCCACCGGCUCCGCUUCGCCCGAAGUCAACCGACCGGGGACAGCAUACGUCAAGGGGCGGUCCAUGUCCAUUCAAUACCAUUCUCCCAGGGACAGCAUGGGAAGCCCCUUUACGCCCAUCACCAACACACCGCCGACCACUUACGCGAACGGAGCGCCAAACGGCGCCGACUACAUGCAUCAUCAUGAUUCCAACUAUGCACACAUGUCUCAACGACCGCCACAUCAAUCGCCUCCUGGUCCGCGGCGGCCGUCCUUACAAACCAACGUUGGUCCUUAUGGGGUUCUAUCACCGAUCUCCACGCAACCGGGUUACCACAGCCAAGCACACAACACUCCCCAGUCUGCACACGCAGUGGCAUAUGUCCCGCCCCAAAACUUCCCUCCUUUUAGCCUUCCUCCGUCUGAUUUCUCGACCACGUCAACUGGGCCGGCAGCGCGGGACGAUCAGUCAGCAUAUGCUCCAUCGACAUCUGCCGAAUUCACGGACCAGCAGCCUCAGGCGGCAGGAGAGAUGAUGCUCCUGGAUCAAAUGGGCAUGCCGCAGACAAUGCCCGUAUUCGGCAAUGACAGUAUCCUCAACAAGUCGCCCUAUGUUGCGAUUCCCGAAGACUUCGUGGCAUAUCUAUUCAACACUCACGGCGAAGGCUCGCCCAUGACCGGAGUUCCGAUGCAGGGUGGAUACAACUACGGAGAGUUUCCAAACCAGUUCAACAUGCCCUACUACAACGAUCCGAAUCAGCUGGGUUAUUUCCCCGCUACCGCCGGACCGCAGCAGGUCAUGUCGGUCACCAACCUCCUCGACCAGAAUCUGCCUGAAUCGGUCAUCUCGGAGGAAAAGAGCGCCGAGAUAUUCGAGUUGAUCAAGGAACGAUUCCACGAGAACGGUCAUACCCCUGUCGAGAGGCAGCGGGAGAGCAUUCUCGAGGGCGACCGCAACGACGAAAACCAUAUGCUGAGCCGUAAAAUGAUGCAGGCCUACAUUGGCUCGUACUGGCAUCACUUCAGCGACCAGGUGCCCAUCUUGCACAAGCCGACCUUCUCACCUGAUAAAACGCCGAACCUGCUGCUGAUUGCCAUGAUGACCAUUGGCGCCGCAUGCUUGGACAAGGCAUAUCCCCACAAAGUCACCAAGGCGGGCGCCCAGCUCUCCAACUUCUUGGCGUGGCAUCUUCGGUGGGAGAUGUUCCAGGACCCUAACUGCAGGCCACCAGCCAAACUUUGGGUGUUCCAGACCCUCCUGCUGCUCGAGCUGUACGAGAAGAUGUAUUCCACCAGAGAACUGCACGAGCGGGCCCAUAUUCACCACGCGACCACCAUCACGCUCAUGCGCCGUGGGAGGGCGCUCAUUGGCAAGUCGGCCAUGGACUCGCCGCCGAAUGCAAGGGACGACAAGACAAACGGUUCGAGACAAUCAUCCACGUCCGGAGUCGCCCACACCCCUGAGGAGUGGUGGAAUCACUGGAUCACCAACGAGUCGACGCGGCGGGCGGCGUUUGCGGCGUUUGUCAUUGACUCGAUCCACGCAACCAUGUUUGGUCACUCAACGGUCAUGGUUGCUCACGAGAUGCGCUUGCCGCUGCCGUGCGACGACAAGCUGUGGAAGGCAACAAGCGGUCCCGAGGUGGCGAGGAUCGAGUCCAACCUCUUGUCCAUUGGCAACAAGGCGAUUUCGUUCCUCGAGGGCCUCAAGAGGACGCUGAGCAACCAAGAGGUGCAGACGAACUCGUUUGGGCGCACGAUCCUCAUGGCCGGUCUCCUGAGCGUGAGCUGGCACAUGAACCAACGGGAUCUCCAGGUCAACUCGCUAGGCGGCGGGGUCUCGCAGGCACUCGGCGGGCGCGACAAGUGGCGGGGGACACUGACGAGGGCAUUCGACUCGUGGAAGAGCGACUUUGACAAGACGCUUCUCAGGCGCGGUGACAUCGCAGAUCCUUACAACUACGACCCGACGAACCGCAACGAGGCCAAUGUGGUAUUCGAGAGCAGGAUUGUGCUGCAUCACCUGGCGCACAUGGCGAUGCACGUGGACAUCGUGGACUGCCAGAUCUUUGCAAGGGCAAAGCGGCUGCUUGGGCGGGCCAUCGGGCCGCAGGACCUGAACAGUGCGCAGCGGCGGAUGAAGGACAUCUGGGCGCCGUCGGCCAAGGCUCGUGACGCCACCUACUACGCUCUCAAGUUCCUGCUGUCGGUCAUGCUUCCGGACACGGUGGGAACACCCGGGUCGAACGGCGGGUACGGCCACCGGCACGAGGAGCUGUACUCAGCGCGGGACGACGUGCUGCUCAACCGGCCCUGGGUGCUCUAUUUCGCCGCUCUGGUGGUCUGGUGCUACGGGUUUGCGCUCGAGGGGCCCAACUCGAGCAUGGUUUCGGUGCCGACGACGCAGCAGGACAAGGUGCGGCUGAUGCGCGAGUACCUCAUCAAGUACGGCAACGUCUCGUCGCCCGAGGAGCUCAAGUCGAUGAAGGGCAUCAGUCACAACACGCCGCUGCUCAUGGUUCUCAAAGAUGCGUUUAUUGAGUCGAGAUGGGAGUUGCUCCACGAGGGCAGCACGCUGCUCUCGAACUGUAUCCAUCUCAAUGCCGGGCAGAACGUGCCUUAG